UUAUCGGGAAUCGGUCCCACUGUUGUCUGGUCUCGUCUCAGAUGUAAACAAACCCAGAAAAAGGAUUCACUUUUCAAUGAGUGAUUUGUAUGGAGUUCCAAGGCUGUAAUUUAAUUAGCAAUUGAACAGUUUUGUGCUUCGAAUUCAUUUGAAUAAACACAAUUUUGCUGGAGGAAUGAGAUGGCGUUUGUUAGCAACAACCUUGACCGAUGCAGUUUCUGUACUGAUAUAUGCAAUGAAGAUUUCCGUCACGCACUGGUCCCUACUCAUCUUCAAGAGCAGGAGCUAAAAACUAUCCUGCAAAAGUUCAGCAGUUUAUCUCCCCAGUUGAGCAGUUAUCCUACGUGUGGCAAAUGCCGCCAAGAGUUUAUAAUCGCCCACUGCAUCCCCGAGAGUUGCUUCCAAAUUUUGUCCACCGCCAAACCGGCUGACAUCAAGAUGGAGCCAGAGUUAAUGAUUGAUGACCACGACCUGUCGGAUAGUGAUAACGUUUUUAAAACGGACACAAUAGUGGACUUUAGAUCAAUUGAACAGGAAGCCGAAAUGCACAUCAAAGGGGAAAAAGGAGAGAUAUUCGUCAUAAGCGAAAUGAACGAAGAAGACGAAGGUUUGAUGAAGGAAGAUCACACACGGCUACACUCGGGGAAGAAAUCGCUUAAAUGUGAAAAGUGUGAAAAAAUGUUUUGCUCAAAAUACAGGCUCAAACUACACGUUCGAGGUCAUACGGAUAAUCCUUCCUAUUCUUGUUCAAAUUGCCCGAAAGCGUUCUGGAAUCCUUCAGCCCUUAAACAGCACAUUCGAACUCAUACAGGAGAACGUCCCUUUUCUUGUUCACACUGUCCGAAUAAAUUUACGGAUCCUGCAGCGCUGAAGCGGCAUAUUCGAACUCAUACGGGUGAACGUCCCUAUUCGUGUCCACAUUGUCCCAAAACUUUUAUGCAUUCUUCAUCGCUUCAAAAGCACUUUCGAGCUCAUACAGGUGAACGCCCCUAUUCUUGUCCACACUGCCCGAAGGCGUUUGCGGAUGCUACAACGCUGAAGUUUCAUAUUCCAAUUCACACGGGUGAACGCCCCUAUUCGUGUCCACAUUGUCUCAAAGCAUUUACGCGCUCUGAAUCGCUCCAGAAGCACAUUCGAGCUCAUACGGGUGAACGUCCCUAUUCUUGUCCGCACUGUCCCAAGGCGUUUGCGGAUGCUGUAACGUUAAAGCGGCACAUUCGAAAUCAUACGGGUGAACGUCCCUAUUCGUGUCCACAUUGUCCCAAAACAUUCAUGCAUUCUUCAACGCUAAAAAGACAUCUAAAUACACACGGUGAUGACACAAGCGGCCCGGGACAGGAAUCCCAGGUUACCCUAAAGGAAGAGCUAACUGGAUGCUGAAGAAGCAAAUAGCUCUGAUUGGGGUCUUGAUUCUACACGUGGAACCAGAUACAUAUUUCGCAGUAAUCACGCAUCACUAGAUGAUUGCGUGUGUUAGGUUACUCACCGCAAAUAUGUCAAUGUGGACACAGUGGAGUAGAAUUCGUGGUUUUUAACCCACUAACGAUCAAGCUGUAAAAACUAAUUUUGUUGACGAAAGCCAUUGGUGUAAUAUUGAUUAUUGGCAUUCAAGAAGCACCAAUGUUCAAGAAUUUUUUUUUCAAUCUUCCAUUUCCGGGGAACGACCAAAAUUCUAAUAAUCAAAAAAUCACUGGCCAAAACAUGUAUUUUUUCCCUGUAGGAAGAUCAAUCGGACAUCCUUAUCCUAUACCACAAUGUGUGUUCUUUCAUCAGAGUACUAUUAUAGAAAAGCUUACAUAUUUUUCCAUUUUAUUGGGUUCUGUCAUUUGUUAGUUUAUGUUAGGUUAUGCAUUUUACACACAUAGUUAACUAAAACCGAAUUGCCAAUUAAAGUUUUUGAAAAAUAAAUUUCAAUUGAUGGUGAGUUGUAACCAAGGAUGCAAAAUUUCGAAAGAACAUGUUGAAAUCGGAAAGCAAUUUUUAUCAGUGCAAAAUAUCUCCACCGGCAUUCUUCACUUCUUUCUAUCGCGGUGCCGCUGUGCCUAUGACCGCUGGCUCACCAUCUCGUUUGUUUUGAUAUAGUUUUCGUUCCAUCAACAGAAAUAUCAGUUCAUUCUCGAUGUCAGUGAAUGCUCAAGCCGAAAAUAUCACCUUUCAUUACGUCCUGGUGAAAUUUUCGUUGGUCAUACACCCAUAAACUCAGCACUCAAAUGUGCCGUUGCCCAUCGAUGUGUGUGCAAUAAGCGGCACAAAAAUGGGACCGGGGCUAGAAACAUACUAGGAAAACACACACGAACACGCGUUUAAACGUCUGACGCGGUGUCAGUGAGAUGAUAUUUCCUUGUAUGGAAUUUUGUUCCCUUCCACUGUCAGCUGAUCGAAGAUGCGUAUGAAAAUUUCGGGCGUAAAUUCUCAGUGAGACAGUGGAACGAAUGAGUGUGGGGAAUAAUGCAAAAACCAAAUGUUCCACGUGACGGAGUGUCGGUUGCAUGGAAUUAAGUUUGGUUCAUUUGUCAUGAACUGCAGGGGAAUUGGUGCUUGAUUUUGAUGUUGUCUCAAUAUCUUGCGCUGUCAGUAAAGUGAGUGUGAGAUUUUGCAACUCUGGUUGUAACUAAUAUACUAAGCUAUCAGUUGGUCCAGAAACGUUACCAUAUAUGUAGUGGCUUUCCAAAGACAUAAAAAUUAUCAAAAUUGCUGUUCAAUAUUUCAGCUGGUCGUUAAUGAGUUAAUGCACAUAAAAUAAAAUUACAGCGAAAGUAUGUAAUGUCAAAGAAAGAAAUUGUGCAGCGAUUUGAGAGCUUUAAUUUGGUAGACAGAAACAAUCAAGUUUAUCAUGCAUUUUUGAGAGAAAAUAAAAAAAACCAUGAAGAAACA